AUGUCACUUGGAUGUCAGGAAGCUUUUGAAGUUUUCAAGCAGGACCGUGCUGACAAUAUAACCAUUGAGGACAACAAACAGCUUCUAAAACAGAGGUUUACUGAAGCUAAAUGCCUUGGAGAAAAAUUAAAUGAAGUGAGAAAUAAAAUAAACCAUCUGAAAGGAGAAAUAACCCAGAGGCACAUUCAGAGGGCUGCUCUAGCUGUUUCCUGUCCUUCUGAAGAGACAAAUAUGCUUGAUCCAGUAGAAGAGAAACUUCGAACGCAAAUUGAAGAAGAAAAAAAAAGUUAUAAAACAAUGUUCAAUCGCUUGAAAGGGCUAAAGGUAGAGAUUGAGCACCUGCAGCUUCUGAUGGAAAAAGUAAAGAUGAAGCUGCAAAAAGACUUUGAAGUCUGGUGGUCUGAAGAGGUAAGAAACCUACAGCAGGAAAAGCCAGAGAUGGUUAGCUCACCAAAUACCACAACUGUUUAUCCCCAGUUUAUCAAAUCCUCGCAACAUCUAUCAACUAACAGAAAUAUCAAUUCAUCAGCCAACAAUGAACAAACUAGUGCAGAGUUAGAAAAGCAAGAACUUGCCAAUCCUGCCAUCUACUGGAAAAAUCCUAAACCUGAGACCCCACCAAGUUCUAGUACAUCUAUUCCUCUGACUGGAGACAGCCAGGCUGAUGCUGACAUCCUAGCUUUCAUUAAAGCAAGACAGAACAUCCUGCAAAAGAAAGCUGGUACAAAUUUAGCUGUAACAAUUGACACCAAAUAA